AUGGACGUCGAAGAGUCGCCAUGGGCUGAUUCCAGCCAGACCCCCCCUGAGCCUGUCGCCGAGAGCGAGCCCGUUGCUUCCCCGCCAGCGACAUCACAGGCCUCAACCUCGUCGGCGCCCCGACCUUCGCGCACGCCCCGUCGCAUCGUUGCUCAACCUACGAAGCUGGAAGCCGUCGAUGAUCCUCUCGGGCCUCUGAGCGCCGGACCGACCCAGAAUGCCGCGCUGGAUGCCCCGCCCGUGCCGCCCCAGAAGGAGCAGAUGGUUAUCCGCACGACCAUGGCGCCGCUCCAGCAGCAGAGACGGUCUGCCGAUCCGCAGCUUGUCGAGGAUGACGACGACUUGGACAGUCCGAGAGGUCCGAGAAUGCCGCCGCCCGUUGAUGCUGCGAGGCCUAGCAGUGUGAGGAGCAGCACGCAUCCAAGCGUCAGCGUCGAGGAGGCAUCCAAGCCUACAUUUUACAUCACUGUUGGAGACCCGGUCAAGAUUGGAGACCUAACAAGUUCGCACAUUGUGUACUCGGUGCGGACCAAGACCUCAUCCAGAGCCUACAAGCAGCCCGAAUUCGAAGUCAAGCGUCGAUACCGAGACUUCCUCUGGCUUUACAACACCCUGCAUGGCAACAACCCCGGAUACGUGGUGCCUCCGCCGCCUGAGAAGCAGGCUGUUGGCCGCUUCGACAGCAACUUUGUGGAGAGCAGAAGAGCAGCGCUGGAAAAGAUGCUCAACAAGACUGCCGCGCACCCCGUUCUUCAGCAUGACGCUGACCUAAAACUGUUCCUUGAGAGCGAGGCGUUUAAUGUUGACAUCAAGCACAAGGAGAGGCGGGAGCCAUUGCCCAGUGAGAGCAAGGGAGUUUUGGGGUCUCUGGGAAUCAAUGUCGGAGGAGGAAGCAAAUUUGUCGAGCAAGACGAUUGGUUCCACGAUCGCAAGGUGUACCUCGAUGCCUUGGAGAACCAACUCAAGGGGCUUCUCAAGGCAAUGGAGGCCAUGGUCAGCCAGAGAAAGAUGAUGGCAGAGGCUGCGGCCGACUUUUCUGCCUCUCUCCACGCACUCUCCACUGUUGAGCUCUCGCCCUCACUAUCCGGUCCCCUCGACGCUCUCUCCGACCUUCAACUUACUAUUCGAGAUGUGUAUGAGCGCCAAGCUCAACAGGACGUCCUCACCUUUGGCAUCAUCAUUGACGAGUACAUCCGCCUCAUUGGAUCGAUUAAGCAGGCAUUCAGCCAGCGCCAAAAGGGCUUUUAUGCCUGGCACUCAGCCGAGUCUGAGCUCCAGAAGAAGAAGACGACGCAAGACAAGUUGCUGCGACAGGGCAAGAGCCAGCAAGACCGACUGAACCAGAUGAACGCCGAGGUUCAGGAGGCAGAGAGAAAAGUCCACCAAGCCCGGCUCCUGUUUGAAGACAUGGGCCGCUCAAUGAGGGCUGAGUUGGAUCGAUUCGAAAAGGAAAAGGUGGAGGACUUCAAGAGCGGUGUUGAGACGUUCCUCGAAGGUGCUGUCGAGGCUCAGAAGGAGUUGAUUGAGAAGUGGGAGACGUUCCUGAUGCAGCUGGAUGCCCAGGACGACGAGUCGGCUUUCUACAGGCCACCCGUUUACCAGCCAAAGCCUCCAGGCAACACCGUCGUUGAUCGCGCUAGGGCAACUAUAGAUGAGGAUUCAGACUAA